AGAGGGAGCCAGACUGUUCGAAUCCAAACCAAGCUGCGGCUGCCUGUUCCCCUAUAACAGCCACGGGUACUGUGUUCAGUCGAUGUGAGAGAACUGCCGAGGAGCAACCCAGUUCGAUCCACUGCACGGAUGAGGGAGCCGUAGCGGAAUACAAACACUAUUUUAUCGGUGUAAUUUACGCCAUUUGCUGUCAGUCGUGUUCAACGCGCUAGGUUAUCCACCGACACCGUACCGUCAUCGCGGGUCUUUCUUCCGAAGGGCUCGCCCUAUCUCCGGGAGUCUGAAUGGAGGCAGGAGCAGAAGGAGCGUUUGGGCUGUCCGAGGCCAGGGAAGGCAGCCCGGUAUCCGGCGCCACAGCAUCUGAUGAUGGGGACACUGUCAUUGGAGUCAGCUAUGGAGUCGACUCCGGUGACACGGAUGCAGCCAAGAAGGCCUUCAUUUCAGAGAUGCCCUCGUCCUCAGGUCAGGUCGGCGGGGGGAAGAAGAUGGGCCACAGAGGCGUGGACGCGUCGGGGGAGACCACCUACAAGAAGACCACGUCGUCUGCCCUGAAGGGGGCCAUCAUGCUGGGCAUCAACUACACCGUGGGCAACCUGAGCUCCAAGCCCGAGAGGGACGUGUUGAUGCAGGACUUCUACGUGGUGGAGAGCAUCUUCUUUCCCAGCGAAGGCAGCAACCUCACCCCGGCACACCACUUCCCAGACUUCCGCUUCAAGACCUACGCGCCCGUGGCCUUCCGCUACUUCAGGGAACUGUUUGGCAUCCGGCCGGACGACUACCUGUACUCGCUGUGCAACGAGUCCCUGAUCGAGCUGUCCAACCCUGGGGCCAGUGGCUCCGUGUUCUACCUGACCAAAGACGACGAGUUCAUCAUCAAGACGGUCAUGCACAAGGAGGCCGAGUUCCUGCAGAAGCUGCUGCCCGGAUACUACAUGAACCUGAACCAGAACCCGCGGACCCUGCUGCCCAAGUUCUUCGGCCUCUACUGCGUCCAGUCGGGGGGCAAGAACAUCCGCGUGGUGGUGAUGAACAACGUGCUGCCGCGCGUGGUGCGCAUGCACCUCAAGUACGACCUGAAGGGCUCCACCUACAAGCGCCGGGCGUCCAAGAAGGAGCGGGAGAAGGCCCGGCCCACCUUCAAGGACCUGGACUUCAUGCAGAACCUGGAGGAAGGCCUGAUGCUGGACCAGGACACCUACAGCGCCCUGGUCAAGACCCUGCAGAGGGACUGUCUGGUCCUGGAGAGCUUCAAGAUCAUGGACUACAGCCUGCUGCUCGGGGUCCACAACAUGGACCAGGCGGAGCGGGAGCGGCAGAUGGAGGGCUCCCAGGGGGACAGCGACAAGAAGAGGCCCAUGGCCCAGCAGAAGGCCCUGUACUCCACCGCCAUGGAGUCAAUCCAGGGGGGCGCGGCCCGCGGGGAGUCCAUCGACACCGACGACACGAUGGGGGGCAUCCCAGCCGUCAACGGGAAAGGGGAGCGACUCCUACUCUACAUCGGGAUCAUCGACAUCCUGCAGUCCUACAGGCUAAUCAAGAAACUGGAGCACACAUGGAAGGCUCUGGUCCACGAUGGGGACACAGUGUCGGUCCACCGGCCUGGCUUCUACGCAGACCGCUUCUUCAAGUUCAUGAGCUCCACGGUGUUCAGGAAGAGCUCCUGUGAGUUGGACCUUCAACCUCUAAAGUCCUCCCCGUCCAAGAAGGGCCGCGUGUCGCUGUCGGUGCCCAAGUACGCGGGCCCCGGGGCCGCCUGGUCCACCAGCCAGCUGGGCUCCGACCGCGACGAGAACAUCUACGACCUGAGAGGGGCCCGCAGCUUCCCCACGCUGGAGGACGAAGGGCGACCAGACAUGCUCCCCUGUACUCCUCCGUCGUUUGAGGAGGCCACCACCGCCUCCAUCGCCACCACCCUCUCCUCCACCACCUCCCUCUCCAUCCCCGAGAGAUCCCCCUCCGACACCUCAGAGCACCCCCGCUACAGGAGACACACCCAGUCUGUCAGCCACGACGGAAGGACCCAGGAAGAGCUGCGUGUGCGUGAGGAGGACCAGCAGACCAUCACGGUGGAGGUGGAGAUGAAGCGACACGACAGUGAGCCCACCAUCACCGCCCUCCAGCCAGACCCUGAGCCCAGUGACGGUCAGGAAGUAGACAGAGCCGCCGCCGCCGCCGCCUCUUCUACCAUCGGCCCUCCGGGGCCCGGGGCCUCGUCCUCCACCCCCCCUGCCGGCCCCUCCUCCCCCGGGGCCGCGCGGGCCGCCUCCCCCCUGGAGGGCCCCCCCGUGGUGGUGGUGGUGGUGGAGCCGGACCAGGCCAGCCUGAUGUCAGGCUCCGGCUGCACCAGCCAGGCCUCGCAGGACGACGACGACGACGUGCCAAUCACAGAUAUCUAUUUUCCUCCCGAGGACAAGACGUGGGUGUACUCUCCGCUGCACGUCGGCUCAGAGUCUAGCACCCUGCCAGAUGGGGAAGGGGAUAGUGAGACAAAGUAGACCCUCUCUGAGCGGAGAGGAGUGGACUAACGGGCUAUGACAGAAGCUCGGGCCCCACCGGCGGGUUCCCUGGACCCCGGUUAAACCCCGGUCCAGCGAAGGGCAGAGUGGGGGAGCUUCUGGGAUGACACCGGCGGCGGCACCGUCGCUUCGCCGCCGCCAAGCCCCCAGAGAUAUCGAUAAUAAUAAUAAUAAUAAUAUUCAUAAUAAUGAUGAUAAUGUUAAACGUGUAAGUAACAGGAUCCAGACACAUAGGGCUGUGUUCUGUCUCGUCCGUUGGCUCAAUCAACACACCCAGACGUCUCUGCCAGUCUCACAUUCCUUUAUCAGAUGUUAUCGGACGGUUUCAUGAUAUCACCUUAAUUUAUAUAUCGUCUUAUUGUGUGUUCUUUUUUUAUAUAAGCCCUCCGCCCCAGUCGUUUUACUACGGUGAAGAUCUAUUUAUUUGUGUUUGGUUGUUUGGGUGAAGGUUGUUUCCAGGCCUGGUGUUCAUUCACUGGGGGGCUUGUCUACCUUAUGUUUAAAGCGUUUUCAGUACCUGUAAAAACAUUUUUUAUUGCAUUUUUCAUAUUUAAGCGCAGUCGAGAAUCUUAAUUGUGUUGGUUUGUAUAUUCAUCUAAUAUUUAUGGGAUUGAAAAAUAAAAAAGGUUUUCCAAACACCUACUUUAAAAAAAUGAAAAACCCACUUCAGAAAGUAGACAUUGGCAAUCAAUUAUCAAUGAUCAUUGUCUUCCGAGGUGAACCUGUUUUCGGACUGAUUCAAACUUAUCAUUUUAACAUUUAAUUGGGUCCUGUAGUUGUCACUUUAUUGUGAAAUAUGAACAUCAUCUUCCCACAACUGCCUGUCCUCAAACCUCUUUGAGAAACACUAUAUCAGAUGGAUGACAUUUGAAAUAUUUCUAGAUUUAGCAAAACAGUUGUAGUAUUUUGGGUCAAUAUGUGCAGUGUGUGACUUGGUGAGCAAUAUGACGUUUGUGGAGAAUGUGAAUGUUUGCACUUGAGGUGGGGGGGGGGGGGGGGGGGGGGGGGUGGAGAGGACAUAUGAACUAGAGGCCAAAUGAUCCACGACAUCACUCGUUUUUACCACAGCCAUCUCAGUUUAUUUUCAGUUAUGGAAGAAAAGUUCUACUCGGCUGCUUUUUGGUUUUACGAAAAUAGUGUUUGUAACAGUGAAGUCGAUCACAAUCAUUCUAGAAUAAAUGUUUACUGUAAUCUCUGUGGCUAACGUUGAAAGGACUCUCAAGUUGAGUGGAUUGAAGUUAUGAGUAUGUAAACAACAUUUUGAAAAAAGCUAUUCUAGUCAUCCUCUGUGAAAACACUUUUCCUCAGUUGGUGCGUGAGUCGUGUCAAGGGAAGUCAAUGUCAGACGUUGUAAAAUCGAUAUUUCCAUCUUCAUGACGUGCAGUGGCCAGUUGUCAUCCGUUUGCAUCACAUGGAGCCCAUAGCAGCAAUAUUUUGUACAGUUUAGCUUUUAAGUUCAUUAUUAUUGCCUUUGUGGAUUAACACAACAUAGGCCUUUCACUUACUUUUUUCCACCUGUUCUGUUUUUAUUAUUUUCGAUUGUUGUGCUCCUACGAAUGUGUACAUAUGAUUAUAAAUACAUAUACAAAGAUAUAUAAAUAUAUUUUCCAUUUUAAUUGGAGAAUAUUAUUUUUAUUUGUUUUAUUUUUUUGCUGCUGGCAAGAAAUUAUUGCGAUCUACAUAAUUUACUGUACCAUAUCAAUGAUGUGUUAAAUGAGAUACAGCUAUAUUUAUGGUCCAUGAAUCAGAGCUGUGGCUUUGUAAGAUAUUCAAAAAUGAGAGAAAUGUGUCCAAUUGACUCUAGGCCUACAUGCAAAAUCAAUAGGGGUUCUUCCGACUGUCCAGCUGUGUUCGUGUUCGUGUUUUCAACGCCAUGUGCCCUCAUCUUAGGGAGAGUCUUUUACAGAGACAUAGCAUGUUUUAAAAAUGAAUAUGCAUAUCUGACGUGUAUUUAUGUAUAUCUGUGUAUAUUCAUCUAUUUAUACACGAUGAUAAAUAGAUGGCCUAUGUGUUUGGACUCGAUCUGAUUGAAUACAAAAAAAAUAAAGCCGUUCUGUCUGAA